AACAAUAUCUGGUGCAGCUCCUAGCUUUCAUGAGCUAUUCAUCAACCUGAACAUCUAGUGUCCCACAAUAGGUGGACCCAAGCCUGGAGGGAACCAUCCAAGUGUCUGAAUCGCCAGCUGGUUUUGAGAAAAGCAGAUCAUUGGGGUUUCCAUUUCGGACCAUAUAGACCCCGAGAAAGAGGAGCUGAAAGAAAAGGUGAAGGAGUUGGAGGCUCACACUGUGAUGGACAUAAGACCACCAGGCUCUAAGGUGUUCAAUGACUCCAUCCAUGGACACAUUUGGUUGCACCCCCUGCUUGUGCGCAUCAUAAACACCCCGCAGUUUAAUAGGCUGCGUAACAUCAAGCAACUGGGGGGAGCGUACUUUGUGUACCCAGGAGCCAGCCACAACCGCUUUGAACACUCCAUCGGGGUGGCACACCUGGCUGGUCGACUGGUCCGGGCCCUGAGAAAACAGCAACCAGAGCUGCACAUCAGCCCCAGGGACGAGCUGUGUGUGCAGAUCGCUGGUCUUUGCCAUGACCUGGGACACGGCCCCUUCUCUCAUAUGUUUGAUGGAACCUUUAUCCCAAAAAUGCACCCUGACUCGAAGUGGAAGCAUGAGAAGGCCAGUGUGGAGAUGUUUAAAUACAUGGUCAAGAAGAACAAAUUGAAGGAGGACAUGAAGAAGUAUAAUCUCAAACUGCCAGAGGACCUGGUGUUCAUCAUAGAGCAGAUUAAUGGACCUUUGAAGCCGGAUGAGCACCAGAAACUGGUUGAUAAGCUGACCGAGUCCCAGGAUCAGGCUGCCAAGUCGACCGAGUCCCAGGAUCAGGCUGCCAAGUCGACCGAGUCCCAGGAUCAGGCUGCCAAGUCGACCGAGUCCCAGGAUCAGGCUGCCAAGUCGACCGAGUCCCAGGAUCAGGCUGCCAAGUCGACCGAGUCCCAGGAUCAGGAUGCCUGGCCAUACUACGGUCGCCCGGAAUCCAAGUCCUUCCUGUACGACAUAGUGGCGAAUAAAAGAAAUGGCAUCGAUGUGGACAAGAUGGAUUAUUUUGCUAGAGAUUGUCACCACCUCGGCAUCAGGAACAAUUUUGACUUUGAACGCUUCCUGAUGUUUGCCCGUGUGUGUGACACAGUUGAGAGGAAGCAAAUCUGCGCCAGAGAUAAAGAAGCACACAAUCUCUAUGAAAUGUUUCAUACCAGAUACCGCCUGCACCGCCAGGCCUACCAGCAUAGAGUGGUGAAGAUCAUUGAGACAAUGAUAGCAGAGGCUUUUGAAAAGGCUGAUAAGCAUAUCCAGAUCUCUGGCUCUGCUGGCCAGAUGUUUACCCUCUCCACUGCUAUCGAUGACAUGGAGGCCUACACCAAGCUGACAGACCAUGUGUUUGACAUGAUCCUGGACUCCACGGAUGAGAAACUUGAUGAGGCACAGAAGAUCCUGAAGAAAAUUGUUGACCGCAAGCUGUACAAGUGUGCGGAUGAGAUACGGCACCUCACAGACAAGGAGAUCAAGGAGGAGGAAUUUCAUAAGUGGUAUAAAAAAAUAACCUCUUCCAACUCGGAUGUCAGUGUCCAGGCAGAGGACAUCAUCAUCAAAGUAAUGAAGAUGGACUAUGGACAAGAGAAGAAGAACCCAAUCGAUAAAAUGCGAUUCUACAGCAAGGAUAAACCUGACUUUGGGAAACCAUUAGAUAAAGACAAGGUCUUUGAGCUUCUCCCUAAGACGUUUUCACUGAAGAUAAUCCGUGUCUACUGCAAAAAUACGGAUAACGACAGCCUGGGUGUGGCCAAGGAGUACUUUAUGGAGUGGUACAACACCAUUAAUUAGAGUUAAUCUGCAUGUCAGCGCAGCAUUUGCCAUGGAAGAGGAUGCAUUUAUUUUAUACUUCAUGUUUAUUCCCAGAAUCUUUCAUUUAUGUGCUGUAAUUGUUGUGAUGUCACACUGAAUCCAUUUAAUGUAACAGUUUUCAUAUUGGUGCAAUUUAGAAAAUUUUUCUGUUAGAAUUAUCAUGCAUGUUGGUAUGUACUGCGGGUAUUUGCUGUUUAGUUUGGGAUGCUGUACAUUUGUUGUACCCAGUUAUCACUAUGUACCACAACCACAGUGUAUGAAAUACAGAUGGUUCUUGUUCAUAUCUGGAAGGUUCCUGCUACAGCAGUGAUGGUACACAUGAUUGUCCCACAUCUGUCAUGUUAAAUCUAGAUUAAAACUUUCUUAUUCUGGGAGCAUUUGAUUAAUAUUCCAGGUCAAUCAAUAUAUUGUAUUUGUUAUUCUUAAUAUUUUUAAGUAUAAUUUCUUUGCUCUUUUUAUUAUAUAUAUACUUAUUUUAUCAGGCAUUUUUGUCCACAGUGAUAUAUGAGUAACAAUCAGAGAGCAAGGUCAGCAAAUGCACCGUGAGUAAUUGGGGUUUAGGGCCUUGUGGCGAUAUAUAUUUCCUUUUCAGCUAUGAGAUUUGAACUAACAACCUUCUGGAUAUUGAGCAUUAACCCACUGAGAUACCCUCUAUCUUUUUCAUUGUUAUUCUUUCAUGUUUAAGUAAAGCACUUUGAGAUACCAUUGAUUUUGUAAGGUGUGGUAAAUCUAAACGUGUCUUAUGGAAUAUUAUAUAACACAGUAUAACACAUAUAUUUGCUUAGGACAAUACUAAGAAUGUAACCAAAAUGUGCUGAAGGCUAAGAAUAUAACUGGCUCUGUGUCUCAAGUGUCUCACUAUGUGCACCUCAGCAAAGAAAUAAUAAAGCAUUAUGACUUUAAAAUUAACAA